CCUCAGCAAUGUGCUCGAGGGAAUAUUUUGAGGGCGUUUCAUAACAGCAAAGUUGCUCGCAAGGAUGCCUGCCAAAAACUUUCAAUGCAUUGGUUCUCGUAACCUUAUUCAUGCAACACCAUCCCCUGCUCUGUUUGAAAAAUGCGGCGCAGUCCGUAUGCAGCAUGACCACGACCUCACGAUAAUUCCCACAGCGAAAGUCUUCUCUUCCCCUCUUCAGCCAUUAGGCUGAGCGCCCAAGUCAAUCGUUUCCAUCUUGUUUGUUGUUCAGCGUUGCCAUAAUGUUUUGUUCGUUCGUCCAGCUACAACUGCUGGUUCUUGCGCUCUGCAGUCUCGUCGUCGCGAGGCGCCUCAGCCAGGGAGAUGGCCUGACAGUGCCUGCUCAGCGACCGAUGUUGCAUUCUCGUCCAGCGACAGUGAUCUCAAACGAAGUCAAAUCAGAUUCUCCGAAGGAUGUUUCGACCAGUGGCCGCGAUGCAACGAUCAAGCUAUUCCCACCGUCUCCUCUCGCGAUGCGCUAUUCCUUCAGCUUUGGGUGCAAAGAGUCCGAGUUUAACACGAUCACUCUGGAGACAGAUGUCUGCCUAUCAGGAGAUUACUACCUAAAUCAUAACAUGCUGAUUUCGGAAGCUCCUCUUUGCAAGGACGGGUCAACACCGACGAUGAGCUAUUAUCGCGCCCGCGGAUGCGUUGGAUCACCACAAUUCGAAAGCACAACAAAGCCUAUUCCAGACUACUGUCUCUGGGGAGGCAUAGCGCCAAAAUACUGGUCCUUGAUCUUCCGUUGUGGGUCGGAGACAAGCACAGUUCAAGGCGCAGACAAGCAUGAAGUAGCCGUUCCACCAGCAAGUCGACAGCCCACCCAAGUAUAUGAAGGGAUACUAUCAUUGUGUGCAUUUGAGCGUACUCAUCGCCGUAUCAGGCCCAGUAGAUCCAUGGUUAAUGUGGACAGCUGCAUCCCAAUGAAUGGCCACAACAUCACGAUCAAGAGAGAAGCAGUCUGCCCGAAUGGAAAAAGAGCGCAGUGGGCGAGGUUCGAGACCGCGAAUUGUAAUGGCGGCCACCUCUCACAGAAGUAUGGCCUAAUCGAUAUUCACGAUGCGGACAUUGGCGUUGACAAAUGCCUGUCAUCGAGUGCAUCGGCAGACAAAGACAAAAUUCGCAGUGUGGCUUUCUGGUGCGAAGGCAUCAAGCUUGUUCCUCCGAAGAAGAGCGCAUUGAAAUGGGGUACUUUUGGCGAGCAAGCAUGCUCAGCUGGAGGCUCCACGCCGAAGUUCCUGUCGCAUGGCUAUAAGCCAUUACAGCCAGAUACAUGUGCACCCAAAGAUCGUGGCGUCGCUCUGCGCACCUUCACAAUCUCGCAACCUGCCGUAUGCGAAAAUGGAACACGGGCCGCUCUGGCAUUGUACAAAGAUGACUUUUGUAGCGGAGAGCCAGAUCGAUUUUUGAAUGUCCAAUUUAACACGAUGAACAAAUGUUUGUCUUUCGAAGGAGUACAAAGCUGGGCAUUCUAUUGUGAGGGUGUCAAGAUCCAACGUUCGUUACGUGUCAUGUCACCACCUCGGCCUCCAUCACUUGGGGCUCAACGUAUCAGUACUGGUGAGCAAUUGGAAGCGAAACUCAAGGCACAGGCUACUCAAACGGGAUUCCUUGUUGGGCGACCUUCCUCAGCACCCGCGAGACCAGCACCAGUGAUAGCGUCGGACUUUGGCAAGGCUAAACCGCUGCCAGAUUUUCAGAUAAACGCACAUGCACCAGAAUGUGUCUCAGGUUGUGCCAAUAGAGUACAAACUAUAGGCCUCAAUACACGGUAUCGCUACAGCGCUUUCUCAUGUAAUAAGAAUAUGGAAACGACGGUCAAGUACUAUGUGCCCGGUAUCUGUACCGCUCUUAACUCACCGUUCGGGAUACAGAGCCCAGGUAUUUGUCCGAAUGGCAAACCGGCUCUUGUAGCGUUGUAUCAGGAUCGAUCAUGUCAAGGGAAGCCGGAUAAAUUUGGAAGUGUGGAUACCAAUUCUACGAAUCAAUGUUUUGCGUUCGACGAGAUGAAGGGUUGGACGUUUUGGUGCGAGGACGUGGAACCGGGAGAUGUGAGUAGCUUGAAGGACAUUGGGACAAAGGUCGAGGAAGUCAACAAUGGCGUCGAGGGGUGGGCCAAGGUUAUUAUUUAUCUUGUUUGUGCUGUUGUCCUGGCUCUUGGUGUUUGGUUUUGGCUUGGAGCCGUGAUUUUGCAUGUGGCUCGUGAGUUGUUUCCUUGGCCUUUUGAAGCUGUGGAGAAUGGUCGUAUUGUUUUGGGGGAAGAGAAGCCAUAGGUGCGUUGGAGAUGGAUUUUGGGAUGGUGGAUUGAAGCUAGGAGUUAGUUGUGAAAUUAAUGGAUACCCAAUCUCGAGCAUAUUUUCCUGGUUGAAGCAAAGAUGUACAUUCACAUUUCAAGACUAC